AUGCAGAGGGUGUUUGCCAUGGCUGCUUUUGUAAUACUGCUUUUUUUUUCAUUUCAGAUUGAAGGCAGCUGGAGAGCCGAUGGAAAAGGAUUGAGUAUCUGGGACAAGUUUGCCCACACUCCUUUGAGAGUGGGUGACAGCGAUAAUGGCGAUAUUGCUUGUGAUAGUUACAACAAAAUUGACGAAGAUAUCGAGGUGCUGAAGAAGUUGAAAGUGACCCACUAUCGCUUCUCUGUAUCCUGGUCCAGAGUGCUUCCUGAUGGCACUACUAACAACAUUAAUGAGGCUGGACUCAACUACUACCACAGAUUAGUGGAUGGUUUGAAAGCUGCAAACAUUCAGCCCCAGAUUACACUGUACCACUGGGAUCUUCCAUUAGAACUUCAGAAAGUAGGAGGCUGGUUGAAUGAAACCGUUGUUCAAAGAUUCAGAGAUUAUGCUGAUGUUCUAUUCAGCCGACUUGGAAGUAAAGUAAAGUUCUGGAUCACCCUCAAUGAACCCUACAUUGUAGCCAACCUUGGCUAUGGAUAUGGGACCUUUGCUCCAGCUAAUAGCAUAACAUGA